GUCCAUGCAUUCAAUUGAAACCAAGGGAAGCAUGAGAAAAAGCACAAGUCAAAUAUACGAUUCUUCCUCCGUUCACCCCCAUCCCAAGAGGAUUUAUCACGUUUGGAAAGGAAACAAUGAUUUUUGUUGUGGCGGGAGAGUGAUACUUGGCCCCGAUGCGUCAUCACUUUUCUUGACGUCGUUUUUGAUUGGAUGCCCCGCCAUCGCCUUCUGCAUAAAGAUGGCGUUGCACAUAAAGCCCCAAGACACCAUUCUCAACCAUCAGAUACUGCUCGGGGGACUCGUCCUCACUGUUUUGGAUUUAGCGUUUCUGUUUCUAACGAGCUUUGGAGAUCCUGGAAUAAUACCCAGAAAUUCGAAACCGCCCGAGGAGGACGACAACGACCUGAGCAAGAGCACCUCGUUCGAUUGGCUGAACGGUAAGCCGGGGAACCUGAGAGUGCCGAGGAUGAAGGAAGUGAAACUGGCGACGGGUGAAACGGUUCAGGUGAAGUUCUGUGAAACGUGCUUGCUGUAUCGGUCGCCGCGCGCAUCUCAUUGCUCCAUUUGCAAUAACUGCGUCCAGAGGUUUGACCACCAUUGUCCAUGGGUGGGUCAAUGCAUCGGACAACGCAACUACACAUUCUUCAUAUGUUUCAUAUCAUCAUCCACCGCACUGUGCAUAUUCGUGUUCACGUGUUCUUGGGUGAACAUUCUCCGACAAGACACCGGCUUCUGGAACGCGGUAUCUCGGGACAUACUCUCAGUUGUCCUCAUCCUCUAUUGCUUCAUCGUCGUCUGGUUCGUUGGCGGCCUCACUGUCUUCCAUUUCUACCUCAUCUCCACGAAUCAGACAACUUAUGAGAGCUUCCGGUACCGUUACGAUAGGAAGGCAAACCCUUUCAACAAAGGGAUAUUGAGGAACUUCAGGCAAGUGCUGCUUUCGAGGAUCCCGCCCUCGUUGAUCGAUUUGCGGGCAUUGGUUCCCGAGGAUGGCGCUGAACUUUCAGUCAAUGGGGAAAGCGUUAAUGUUUCGAAACAUAACUUAGACGUGGAAACGGGGAUUCCCAAGCUUUUGCAGAAGAUCGACGGCCUUGAUGGUUUUGACAGCAACCCCAAGAACUACAAAUUUAAAGAUAAAACUAAGUUUGAUAUAGCUUGAUUAUUACGACCAAAAACCGUUUAGGCUGUAAAAAUGAAUCGAGUUUCAAUGGAUCGAUUUGUUUUAAAAUUUGUUUGUGUUUAAAGCUAUAUAUUAACAGCUGAAAACCGACACUAUCUGGUAUAAUAUCUAAACUGCCAGGGACAAAGAUUUAGUGUUGUUUUUAACAGCAUUGUUAGUCUUGUUAUGUCCGGUCACAAGUGAUCGAUUUGCCCGCUGAGUGGUUGUACGUGAAGAAGAGAAAAAAAGCAGAAAAGAAAUGCAAAA